CCUCUCUCGCACUCUCUUGCUUCGUCCCCCCCCCUCACUCACCUCUUGCUUUGCUUUGCUUCGCUCACAGCACAUCGCACACUAUUGGCUCACCCCCUCCCUUCUUUGUUCUCCCCUCCCGACUUGCCUUGCCCUACUAUUUUUACGGUUCUGUUAGCUAGUCAUAGGUAGCUCGCUGUUGACCAGCCCCUUCCACCCCAGUCCUCCUCCGCGUCUUCGCCAGCCACUACAACACCACACGGAUCGAUACACACACACACACACACACACACACACACACACACACACACACACACACAUAAUAGACAGCAACUACAGAGCAGGGAAAUUGCCGACAUCCAUAGAGACGCAUCCAGACAAAACGCAUCAUGAGUGACACCGCAACAGCAAUGAGCAACAAGAACGCUGGCGAUGACCAGCCGCCAGCCAAGCAGGCCAAGGUCACGGCUGCACCCGCCAACGACGCCAACGAUGCUGCCAUGCCGGACAUCCGCGUGGCCAUCGUCGGCGUUGGCAACUGCGCCAAGUCGCUGGUUGAGGGCGUUCAGUACUACGUGGAGAACCCACACGACCAGGUCGGCCUCAUGUAUCCCGACAUUGGCGGCUACACGGCCAAGCACCUCAAGUUUGUGGUCGGCUUUGACAUUGAUGAGCGCAAGUGCGGCAGGUCCCUGGCAGAGGCGCUGCGCGCCAAGCCCAACUGCGCCAUGGACCACGUGCCGGAGAUAACAGAGACCAGCGUGCCAGCUGCUGCGCGCGUGCACCGUGGACCAACGCUCGACGGCAUCGCUCCGCACAUGACGCAGUACCCGGUUGAUACCACCUUCAAGGAGAGUGGCGACAAGCCCGUCACGUUGGACGAGGCCACGGAGAUUCUGCAGCGCGAGAAGGUGGACGUGGUCAUCAACUACCUGCCCGUCGGCUCACACGAGGCGUCUGCGUUUUACGUCGACGCGGCCGUGCGCGCGCGCUGCCACUUUGUCAACUGCAUCCCGACCUUCAUCUCCACCAAGGAGGCCAAGGCGCUGGAGCAGCGGUUCAUUGACGCGGGCCUCACCAUUGUGGGCUCGGACAUGCGGUCUGCGUGGGGCGCGUCGCGCGUGAGCGAGGUGCUGCAGGGCGCCAUGCUCGACUCUGGGCUCAUGGUCACGCAGCACAUCCAGAUGAACAUGGCGGCCGGCACCACGCAGGGCCACGAGACGCAGCGCACGGGGCGCACCGCAAACACGGACUUCCUGAACAUGGCCAAGCAGGACCGAUUGCACUCCAAGCACGUCUCCAAGGAGAAUGUGCUCAAGGGCCAGAACGUGGUGCGCGACACAAGCACGGCGGGCAUGACGCUCUUUGCGGGGCCCUCCCUCACCGUGCAGCAGAAACCAGGUGGCACGUACCUUGGCUCCGACAACAAGGUUGCCAACUUUGACAUUGUUGCGUAUGGGUUUGGCGGCGCGCGGUACGAGCUGACCGCCCGCCUCUCUGUGCAGGACUCGCCCAACAGCGGCGGUGUUGUGGUCUCUGCCAUUCGCUUCUGCAAGGUGGCUGCCGAGCUGGGUAUCGUUGGCUUCCUGCGUGGUGCAUCCGCGUGGACGCAGAAGACGCCGCCGCUGCAGAUGCGCACGGGUGACGCAAAGUUUGAGUGCGACGCGCUGUCCCGCCGUCAGCUCACGGACCUCACACGUGCGCAGCUGAAGGAGAACACGCCCGUUGCAGACACCCUUCCAUACACGUUCCAGUCGGACACCCUCGACUACGAGUGACGCGCGCAUACGCAUGUGUGCGCAUGUGUGCGUGUGUGCGUGCGUGUGUGCGUGCGUGUGUGCGUGCGUGUGUGUGUGUGUGUUUGGUGAAUUGGCUGCGCGAGGUCGGGGCUUUAUGUGUUGACUCAAUCAAUUGUGGAAUUGAGACGCGUGGACUGUCCUGACUGGUCAUACACUUGCCUUCCAUCAUGUCAGUCUUCACUGGUUCUAGUUCGUUCAUUCUCUUGGUUUGUGUUUGUGCUUUCUUUCUCUUCUUCCUCCACGCCCACCACAUCUUCUUCUUUCGUGUGUUUGCGUUAUCAUCGAAGCAAUACAAACGCUGCCGCUGUCCAAUGAAUGAUACUGAGCAUGA